AAACAACCUUCUUUCAAAAUGUCUGACUGGGAAAGCACCACUAAGAUCGGCAGCAAGUUCCGCGGAGCUGGCGCUCAGCCCCGCGAGACCGUUGUCAAGGGCAAGAGUGCCCUGAACGCUGCCCAGCGCUCCGGUAACGUUUAUACCGAGAAGAAGUACACCACCGGUAACAUUAGCGCCAAGGCAGGUGCCCCCGAAGGCCAACACUUGACCAAGGUCGACCGCAGCGACGACAUCGUCAAGCCCAAGACCAUCGGCCACGCCGUCGCUGAUGCUAUCAAGAGACGCCGUACCGAGGAGGGCUACAAGAUGACCCAGAAGGAACUCGCCACCAAGUGCAACACCACCAUCACCAUUGUCCAGGAUUUCGAGCGCGGAACCGCCGCCCCCGACCAGAAGGUUCUCGGAGCCAUGGAGCGUGUGCUGAACAUUAAGCUGCGUGGUUCAGACAUCGGCUCUGAAAAGUUCCCCAAGAAGAAAUAGAUGGGGUUGAGUCCGUGGUCUUUAUCCCUUCGGGAAUGAGACUGGGGCAAAUUCCAAAGUUUUUUCUGCAUUUGCUUUUUUGCGCUCUAUGACUGUCAUGUUCCUUUUCCAUUUUCAUGAGACGUCACUUUUUUUUUUUGUUUUUUUCUACGGGUUUCUUGUCUGCUGGUCGGAUUAGCGCUGGCCUUGCAUGGGAAACGGGUUUAGAGAAGAUAUCACGAAAAAAAAUUGUAUAAAUGAGAUACCUCA